GAAGUGCAGCUGUAACUCACUUUGAGCAGAGAUUGUUCCAAACACUUGACUUUCUCUUUACAUUCCUGGCUUUUUUGUAUGAGAUUAUUGAAAUUAAGGUGAUUCAGCAGCCCCCUCAACACACAGAUCCAGCAUCCACGUCCUGUCUGGAAAUGCCUCUGUUUCGGGCUUCAGGUAAAUAUGCCGGGGUCAAAGCUGGGCCCGGUCGCAGGAGGUUGAGAAAUAAAGAGUGGAUGGGGAGCUGCAGGAAAACGGAUGAAGACGGCUCUGUGUUCUCACUGACUCGGCUGUGUCUGCUGAGCCUGGCAGACAACAUGAAGGAAGUGUGGGUGAAGGACUACGCCGAUAACUACCUGGAUCACUACUCCUUCAGAUUCAUCAUGGGGCCUUUCAACGUACUGCCGGGUGAGCUGGUGGAGGAGCUGACGCUGCUGCUGUGCUCCAGAAAGCAGAUGUCCCGGGCAGCCCUUCACCUCCUGCUGGUCCCCCAACUCCGUGGCCUUUCUCUGGAGAAGUGUCCUGGCCUGGUCAACUCUAGCCUCUUUACCCACAUUGUUGCACGAUGCCAGGGUCUGUGGAGUCUGGACCUGUCUGGAGCCCAGCAGCUGCCCUCUAAGGUCCUGUCUGAAACCCUCGGCUGUCUUCCUGCCCUGCGCUCACUCUCCCUGGUCGGUACACCUUGUGACAGAUGUGUCAUCAGGACGAUUGCCCACAGCUGUCGUUUCCUGCGCCAUCUGGACAUAUCGCGCUGUCAUUUCCUCUCCCCGGCUGCACUACUUUCUCUUGGUGGUGGGGCUUCCUUUUCACCCUCUGGCUGUCCUUGUAGGUCACCUGGUUGCAUUUCUAUAUCCCCUUCUUCCAGUUCCUCAUCUUGCUCUUUAGCCCUGUCUCCUCUUCCCCUUUACAGUCUGCUGGCUCUGGACAUUGAUUUUGGGGAACGAGAGGGAGAUCCUGUAGCGGCAGCAGCCUAUCUACUUCUCUCCCUGCCAUUCCUGGAGAGAGUGGCUAUGGAUGGUCUUGCACAGGCCUGCUGUCUCAUCCAGGAAAAACAGUUUGCACAGACAGAAGAGUUCACUGACAGAGAAGGAGUGCCCAAGUUGUUGGAUCUAUGGAGGGAGAGGAAGAGUAUGGACAGUUUGAGGAACAAGAGCGAAGGAGCAGCAGCAGCAGCAGGUGAAGAAGAUGAGUAUGAAGAGGAAAGGACAUUGUGGGAAGGGUAUGGUAGUGAAAAUGAAGAAGAAGCAAGUAGAGAUGAAGGGCCAAGUUGCUCUCAAGCAGAGGAAAAAGGCAGAGGAAGAGUUUUGUCAGGUGAUGAACGCCUGAUCCUGCGCCUGAAGGACGUGAAGGGCUUAUCAUGUGACUCCCUGGACAGUUUGAGUCAUGCAUGUCCCAACCUCUGCUCCAUUUCUGUGAAUGUUGAUGACGGUGAAGAUACUAGAGGAAGAAGCCAGGGCUCUGUGUUAGCUGCAGGCCUGCAGGAGUGUUCAGGCCAGCUGCAGAGCCUCACAGUGCACUACCCAGGCCCUCUGGUGGAUCUCCUUACUGCCUUGCAGGUCGCAGGCUCCUCCUUGGUAUCUCUCACCCUGGAGGGGGUGAAAACCAGUCCUCACACCCCUCUGCUGGAAGUCAUCAAGGCCUGUCCCAGACUCAGAGACCUGCACAUCUCUGCAGAGCCUCCCACCACACCGCAGGAAGAAGAAGAUCAGGAGAAUCAGCGAGAAGAGCGGGAUCUUCCUCAGCUGCCUCACCUCUGCUCUCUCACACUCAAUUUCUCCUACGAGCACAGCCAAAUGAAGCCUGUCAUGUCCUGGAUGUCCCUGAAGAAAGUGCUCAAGUGUCUCCUGGCUGGUUCUCCUUUACUGGAGAAGAUCUCACUGGUGUCCCUGCCCUGCCCUCUGAACUGCGUCUUACAGGAUGUACUGAGCGUAUUGGACUUGGACCAGCACAUCUUUGCAGAAUCCACAGACUCACCUCCCAUGCCGCUCGCACAGGUACAACGCAUUGACAUGCCCCGGACUGAUGUGGAGGUGAUAACAGUGAAAAGUAUUAUGCAACGAAGCAAGAGACUUAAGAAUGUAGAUGUGAGUUACUGCUGGCAAAUCAGUAACUUGGAAAUGGUGGACUGCAGGAUGUCCAGUAAAGUCCAAGUUGUCUGGUUGUAGUGAAGAGAUGGUCAGCUUCGAAUAUGGGAGUAGCAGUGUUAAAGGUGGAUGAAUAAUGCUUUAAAUGAGUCAAAUAAAUAUACACACAUUAGGUAGGGUCAAUUACAUUUGUAUUUCAGCGUUUAUCACUACAAUGCCAGUGUAUAGUUUUUGCUAUUUCUCAACAGACACAGAUUGAUUUUAGAGGCUGUCUUUGCCCUGACAUUUUUAAGUAUGUUUUCAAUACUUAAUAAAUAUCAAAACAGUUCAUUCUUAUAGUGCAUUAAAUCAAUUCCAAACUGUAUCUUCUCCAUUGUGAUUCAAAUAAAUAUUUUGAUUAGCGUGUUUUUUCUACGCUGAUGAUGAAUUCA